UUGAAAACCACUGAAGAAGAAUCGUAAACGGAAGGGAACAGUAACCAUUUUCAAGUUAGCGGUUUUUUGUUGUUAUUUAGACGUUUAUUAACACCCUGGAACUCCACAGCAUCGCCUACUUACCCCAUAUAGUGUUUAAUUCGCAUUUGAAACAGGACUUGGUUGAUAGAUGUUAUCUAGGUAACGCGGAGGUUGACUAGCUAGCUGCUAACAAUGGCUAACUGUAUGGCUUUUCACACGCAAAUAGCCUCCAUCAUGGAGGUGUUAGCGAAUGCAGCCGUGGCAGAAGUCUGUAAACUCGUAGACGACGACUAUGCAGUGUUUCGUUUGGAAAUAACUCAAAGCCAGAAAGAAAACAGGUCAUUGCGGAGGAAACUACAGCUACUGGAACUGAAGGUGGCACGGGACCGCGUCCUCACCAGUCGCCCCAGUAGUGUCAAGAUCCUCGACCGGUGCAGAGGAAUGACAAGCGGUGAAGGACAUCUUACUGGAAGCCACGGGAGCUUUGUGAAGCCAGCAGGACGCAAUACAUGGAGAGAUGACCAACCAAUCACUGUUGAUGAGGGGAGUGGAACCUCAACCCAGCACGUUAUUGUUAUAGAGUCUGCAGAUGCAGAGGUUGCAAGUUCAGGGGUCAAGCAGGAGAGGUCUGUAGGAGAGGAGGACCCAAGACACAGCAAAGACAUCCAGACUGGAGCGUCUGGAAAGCACCUUGUAGCCACCAAGGACCUUGCCACCACCACCGUGCCCCAGGCCUGGACCCAACCCAGCAUCACAGAGGAGGAUGAGGAGGUACUGCUGGUGAAGGAGGAGGGCCUGGGGAACCCUGAGGAGACCAUGGUCAUGGAGGACAACCAGACUACACCACCUCCUGAACCCACAGAGGAACCAGCUGAGCAGCACAGGACCACACACAUUCUCACUGAGUCAGUAGACAUGGAGAAUGGGAAACCUGAUCUGCUGAUAGUCAAAGUGGAGACAAUAGAAGAUGAACCAGAGAGCAUUGAACUGCUGAGUGGACUAAAGAUGGGGGAGCAAGGUGGUUGGCUGGAGCCUAACAAGGGAGACUGGGCAGCCAUCUUGGAAUCCCAGACGGGCGCAGCCAAGGGCCCAGGGGACCACAUCACUGAGCAGGGCGAGAUAGUGGAGUCUGCAGUCCAUGAGGACCUGCUGAUGUCCGGUGUUGCUGACGGGAGAGACUGGACCUCUGUAGCGGCUGGUCACAAACCCUGGCACCAGAUCAGAACCCUGGAUCAGGAGCUGUCACUGUUCCUUCCCGAGUCGCAACUAGGACCAAACCAAGAGGGACAGAGACUCCACCACCACACAGAACACAACCAGUGGACAGGUGGACUGAACAACCUCAGUCCUGGUGGUCAUCAGAGAGACAGAGGCUCCAGUCAGGGAUCCAGUCUGCAGCCCAGACCCUUCUCUUCACAGUCUCAGUGCAGGGAUGAAGCAGGGCCUGGGACUGAUAGAGAUAGACCCUCCUGUUCCUAUGAUACAAACACCACAGUAUCCAUGAUGAACAGAGCAGGUCACCCUGGGCGUCAGCCUUCACAGAGCGUGGCGGGAGACCCCCCUGGUGGUGGUCUUUCAGGAAGUCUGUCUUCAGGGUCUCGUCUAAUGCCUGGUGACUGGGUUCAUAGAAAGCCUGGGUCUAGCCUUCCUCAGCUACCUCAUGAUUACCCCACAAAUACAGACAGGGUCAGGAUGGACGUUCACCACGAGAAGUACCUAGCCUAUAACACAGCACACAAUCCCAACAACAUUCAAACAAUGGCUAGAGGUCAAGGAGGGAGCUCAAAGACUAACCACCUGAGGGCAGUGGCUCCUGCUUCUACCUCCUCUGGUGUCAUUGGGUCACAACGUGGGAGGCCGAGCAUUAGGACGGACGCCGACAAGCCGUACGCCUGCCUCACCUGUGGGAAGCGUUUCGCUGAGGCGAACUAUGUGAAGAAGCACCAGACUGUUCAUACCAAGGAGAGGCCCUUUAAGUGUAAGCUGUGUUAUAAGAGCUUCUCCUUCCAGAAUAACCUUAUCAGACACAGGAGUGUCCAUAAUGGGAAGAAAUCAUAGAAGUGUAUGAGUUUUACGCAGGGGAUAUCUGGGAACCAUUGUUUAGCUGACAUACACUACAUGACCAGUAUGUGGACACCCCCUCAAAUUGGUGACAGGUGUUUACAAUCAAGCACACAGACAUGCAAUCUCCAAAGACAAACAUUGGCAGUAGAAUGGCCCAUACUGAAGAGCUCAGUGACCUUCAACAUGGCACCAUCAUAGGAUGCCUCCGUUCCAAGAAGUCAGUUCAUCACGUUUCUGCCCUGCUAGAGCUGCCCCGGGUCAACUGUAAGUGCUGUGAUUGUGAAGUGGAAAUGUCUAGGAGCAACAACAGCUCAGCCACGAAGUAGUAGGCCACACAAGCUCACAGAACGGGACUGGCGAGUGCUGAAGAUCGUAGCUCAUAAAAAUUGUCUGUCCUCUGUUGCAACACUCACUACCGAAUUCCAGACUGCAUCUGAAAGGAAGAACGUCGGCACAAAAACUGUUUGUCGGGAGCUUCAUGAUAUGGGUUUCCAUGGCUGAGCAGGCGCACACCAGCCUAAGAUCACCAUGCGCAAUGCCAAGCUUUGGCUGGAGUGGUGUAAAGCACGCCGCCAUUGGACUCUGGAGCAGUGGAAAUGCGUUCUCUGGAGUGAUGAAUCUGGCAGUCCAAUGGAUGAAUCUGGGUUUUGCGGAUGCAGGGAGAACGCUACCUGCCCGAAUGCAUAGUGCCCACUGUAAAGUUUGGUGGAGGGGGAAUAAUGGUCUGUGGCUGUUUAUGGUUUGGGCUCCUUAGUUCCAGUGAAGGGAAAUUUUAACGCUACAGCAUGUAAUGACAUUGUAGACAAUUAUGUGCUUUGUGGCAACAGUUUGUGGAAGGCUGUUUCCUGUUUCAGCAUUACAAUGCCCCUGUGCACAAAGCGAGGUCCAUACAGAAAUGGUUUGUCAAGAUCGGUGUGGAAGAACUUGAAAGGCCUGCACAGAUCCCUGACCUCAACCCCUUAGAACACCUUUGGGAUGAAUUGGAACACCGAUUGCGAGCCAGGCCUAAUCGCCCAACAUAGGUACAGGACCUCACUAAUGCUUUUGUGGCUGAAUGGAAGAAAGUCCCUGCAGCAAUGUCCCAACAUCUAGUGGAAAAGCCUUCCCAGGAGAGUGGAGGCUGUUAUAGCAGCAAAGGGGGGGACCAACUCCAUAUUAAUGCCCAUGAUUUUGGAUUGAGAUGUUCAACGAGCAGGUGUCCACAUACUUUUGGUCAUGUAGUGUAUUGGGGUAAGAGGGUUUUUUGGAUUACUAGGUCCCUCGUUUGAGCCUCUGGGUACACUCAUAUUCUUACAUGAUACAGACUUGUUUGGUGUGCUAGCAUAGCCAAAACACUGUCAUUGAAGUGUAACACAACAUGUCCCCUCUGAAUUUGGUUUUGCCUAUGUUCUAUUCAAAACAAAUAUAAUGUCUCUCCCCCAACAUUAUUCGGCAUAAUUAGGUGGUACCUGUUCCUUUAUGUACUAAAAAAUAGGUGAUCAAAUCUGUUAAUGAAUGAGAAACCAUGUUGUCAUGCCCUUUUUAUUUGCCUGUGUAUCAUUUAGAAUAAAAAUUGGCCUCGGCUUCCUUCGAACCUA